AUGUUGAAGAGAACAAGUACCAGCCUUCAACCCAAGAGAAAAUUCGGAGGCUCUCUCCUAUCAACAGUGCACAAUACCAAUGGCACCAACUCUAGGGCAACCAAUAGAAUUAAUCAUCAUGUUGGUUGUCUUUUUUCGAAUCCUUCCGUUGGCUUUCAUUCAACUAUGGGAAUUAAUUCAUCAUCAUCAUCGAAUAUUAGUACAACAACAACAUCAUCUAAUACUACUACUACUUCGAGUAAAAGAACAUCAAAUAAUAAUAAUAUUCAAUCGAUUAAUAUUGGAAAUAUUAAUUUAUAUUCAUCAACAUCCGUUCAGGAAGGUGAACAAACAAUAGAGCAAGAAUUGUUAAUACCAAAUUAUUCAUUAUUUGGAGAGGAUGUUUCACAAUUGGAUCAACAGAAGGACAUUCUUUCACAUCUCAAGUGGAUGGCAAUGAAGGAUAAGAUGAAACAGGACAUGUUUUUGAUUGGACAUUACGGAGAAUUGAAGAGACAUUUGGCAUUUACAUAUUGCCAGUUGGCUAGAAGAAGUGUGGAAUAUGUUUGUAUCACUAAAGAUACAAGUGAACACGAUUUUAAACAAAGAAGAGAAAUAGAGACAGGUUCUGCUUUUUAUGUGGAUCAAGCUGCUGUUAGAGCUGCAAAGAAUGGCUCAGUUUUGAUUUUGGAAGGAAUUGAAAAGGCAGAUCUCAACAUUUUGCCAAUUUUGAAUAAUCUGAUGGAGAAUAGAGAAAUGGCCCUCGAAUCUGGAACCAUGCUCAUCUCUCCACAACGUUAUAAACAAUUAAUCGAAGAGGAGGGGAAAACACCAGAAGAAUUAAAAUUAAUGAAGAUUGAACCAGUUCAUGAAGAUUUUAGAAUUAUUGCUAUGGGAUUGCCUGUUCCAUAUUAUGAUGGAAAUACUUUGGACCCUCCAUUGAGAUCGAGAUUUAAUGCUAGAGUUAUUGAUUUACCAUCAAUGGAGUCAAUCUUCAGUUCCUUGGUCAAUCAUAGAACCAAUGACCAAGUUCUUUCAUUUCUCAGCAAUGAACAAAAGAAGAGUCUCUUCUUGUCUCUCAUUCAAUUCACUCAGUCUAUUGUCCAUUUGGAUAACAUGCUGAUGAAUAGUAAGGAUGCUGUAAAUACCAAUAGCAAGACUGGCUCUAUUGAAUUGCUCCCAAGAUUUCCAAUCGAUAAUUUGAAGAAUUUAAUUGAAAUGUUGAAUGAUUACAGAUCGAUAUUUGCUUCCUCUGUUGAGAAUGUCGAAAGUCUCAUCCAUACCUUAUAUCCUUUCGAACUCUUCAUGUCGAGAGAGAAGGACAAAUCUGAAGAUGAAAAAUUAGAGCAAAACAAAAUGAUUGAAAUUAUUAAGGAGCAAUUGAAGGAGUGCUCGACCAAAAUUCAUGAAAUAAUUUCUCAAGAUUUCUCUCCAGCAUCAUCUUCUGACCAGAAACAAGAAUUAAUUGGAAAUCUUUUAUCUCAAGCUAAGGCCACUCACUUUAAAGAUAUUGGAUUUGUUCUGAUUGAAAAACAUAGACAAGUUCUCACUGAAAUGAUGAGAUCUCAUUUGUGUGGAAAGGAUAUGUGCUUGAUUGGAGGCAAGGGUUCAGGAAAAUCACUCAUUUCUCAUGCCUUUGCAAGUAUGGUUGGCUACAAGGCAGUUGUCUUUCCAAUGUACAAGGAAAUGACUUCGAAGGAUUUGCUACAAAAAAGAGGAACAGACUCGGCAGGUAAUACCAUUUGGAAAAAUUCAGUGCUCAUUGACUCAAUGAUUGAUGGCUCGCUGUGUAUCUUGGACGGCAUUGAUAGAAUGAGUACAGAUAUUUUGCUUUCCAUUCAAACUCUUAUUCAAGAUCGUGUAUUGUACUUGUUCAAUGGAAAUCGUUAUGUUUCACAUGAAUAUUAUGACAAGUUCCUUUCUCAAGGAUUUACCAAAGAAGAGUUGAGCAGCAAGGGAAUUUAUAGAAUUCAUGAGGAUUUUAGAAUUAUUGCUAUCGGAUUAAAUGAUUCCCUCAAGUGGCUCUCAUUAGAAUUAUUCAACUUGUUCCAUUUCCAUACUGUUCCAAAACUUUCCAUUGAAGAGGAGGUAGAUUUGUUGAGUUCUAGAGUUGGAGCUGAUGCAUCUAGCCAAAAUUUGAUUAAUGCCCUAAUCAGAAUCAAGAAUGAUUACAAUAACACAGAAUUCAACCAAGACCAGCGUUUAAUUUCCAUGAGAGAUUUGAUUAGAAUUGUCAAGAGAAGUAUGAUUUUCAAGGAUGAAUGCAUUUUGACCGCCAUAGAAAGAACUACCAUGACCUACUUGUUACCAAAGCACCAUUUGGAAUUAUUAAGAAAAUUGGCUAUCAAGUACAAGGUUUCACACAAUCAAAACACCCCAACUGAUAAGCCAGUUCAUAUCGAAAAGACUGACACUCACAUACAAAUGGAUGAUAUCAAAGUUCCAAUUAAUUUAAAUGCCAAUUUAUUACUGGUUCCAAAGCCAUACUUUGUGCAGACAGAACAACAUGCCAUUGUGAUGAAAGCCAUGCUCAAGGAUCAUCUCAUUGGUGAUCACAGUUUACUCAUUGGCUAUCAAGGUGUUGGUAAAAACAAGAUUACAGAUCAAUUUUUAAAUUUGCUCCAAUGUGAAAGAGAGUACAUGCAACUCCAUCGUGACAUUACCAUUGCUUCUCUGACAGUUCAACCUUCUGUUGUGGAUGGAGUUUUGACCUACAUUGAUUCUCCACUUGUUAAAGCUGUUCGCCACGGAAGAAUUCUAGUUUUGGAUGAAAUUGAUAAGGCACCUUUGGAAGUUGUUUCAAUUUUAAAGUCACUAGUUGAGGAUGGAAAUAUGGUUCUCGGAGAUGGAAGAACAAUUGUAACCAUGAAGGAAUAUCAAAAGAGAAAGCAACAAAAUGAUCCACAUUUACACAAACUCUUACCAAUCAUGAAGGGAUUUAGAAUUAUUGCAUUGUCCAAUCCUCCAACAUUCCCAUUCCAUGGAAAUUCAUUCUAUGAUGCUAGUGGUGAUAUUUUCUCUAAUCACUAUGUUAGUAAUCCAAGAGGUGACAGUGAAAUCAAAUUGUUGCAAAGUUAUGGACCAGAUGUUCCAUUGUUGAUUAUCAAAAAGUUGAGCGGUGCCUUUGAUGAUUUACGAUUGGCAGUCGAAGAGGGUGUCAUUCAAUAUCCAUACUCUACAAGAGAAUUGGUUCAUAUCGUCAAACAUUUACAAGCAUUCCCUAACGAGGCAACUCUUCAAGAUGCACUUGCUAAUGUUUUCGAUUUUGACUCAUUUGAUAGAGAAACUCUUGAAUUCUUGGCCAAAGUUUUCCAAAAACAUGAAAUUCCAGUAUCAUUCAACAAUAUUGGUGAGUAG